UUAAUGAUGUCCCUCAACACUCCCACUGAAUGAGGCUCCUCCCCAUUUGUCUUUCGUAAAAUCCAUUGUACAGUUCCAACCCCACCGACCACCAGCGUCUCCUCAGGCGCUACCUGUGAGAGUUCCUGUCUAAGACACCCAAAUAGAACUCCCCUAUCUCUCACUGUGGUAGGCGCAUAAACAUUUAUAAAGACAAAACCCAUGUUGUUAAUUUCAGCUUCUACAACAAGCAGCCUACCCCUACACACCUCCUUUGAGGAGCAAAUUUUUACAGACAGACCCGGUACAAAAAGGACUGCCACCCCUGCACUAAAAUUUGUCCCAUGGCUCAACACACUUGCCCCUUUCCAACUGAGCCCCCAAUCGACUUCAUUCACCACAUCACUAUGCGUCUCCUGCAGAAACAACACCUGUACUUUUUUUGUUUUACAUAUUCACCCAACACACUCCUCUUUCCCGCAUCUCUGGCGCCAUUUAUAUUGAGCGAGCCUACCUACAGAGUCUCCAUAAGAAGGGUGAAAAGCCAGCAAAGAAAGAGACCAAUAGCAAAGCUCAAAAAGCCCCAGUGCCAGAAAGAAACUAUACAUCUAAACAAUGUCUGAAGGUCGACCCUUAUGCACUGUUGUGAGCCACUUCCUCAACCUAAACCGUUUCCUGGGUGAGAGGACACCAUGCCCCUCAUUUUUCAUAGCAUGUUGUGCUGAUCUUACAAACUUUCUCAGAUCAGAAAAAAAAGCCUCAAGAUGAACUUUUUCCCCCUUGGUCUCAUUCAGGAACCUUGUCAGUUCUCUCAACGUCUACUUUGACCCUUCUGCUUGACUGGCUGUCAGCUCCGGACCCAUUGAAGAGGAGUCUGAAAAAAAUAACUCCUCAUCGUCCUCUUCCUCAGACUCACUUUCCUCCUCAUCUCCAUCUCCCAUCCUGACCACCUGCCCUUCCUCUCUCGUAAGGGCCUCUCCCCCAGCACCAGGCAAAGGUUCCAUGGUGCCUUUGACCACACCCUUUUCCUUUUCUGCUUGAUACCCUCCUCCUCCCCCCUAAUCUCUUACACUUCCCCACUAUACUCUCCUCAUCCACUAACAUAACCUGACUAGACCCAGCCUUCAUCUAUACCACCCUCCAUAGCAUGACUAGGCCCAGCCUCAUCUACACCACCAUCCAUAGCAUGACUUGGCCCAGCCUCAGCUACCCCACCAUCUCUAGCCUGACUAGACCCAGCCUCCACUACACCACCAUCCAUAGCAUGACUAGACCCAGCCUCAGCUACCCCACCAUCUCUAGCCUGACUAGACCCAGCCUCCACUACACCACCAUCCAUAGAAUGACUAGACCCAGCCUCAGCUACACCACCAUCCAUAGAAUGACUAGACCCAGCCUAGUCUACACCACCAUCCUUGGCAUGACUAGGCCCAGCCUCUGCUGUCUGCAUCUCAUUGCCCCCUGCACGUUGACCUCGAUUUCCCCCACUGGCGCUUGUGCCCUCACCUUGUCUACGGCCUUUAUGUGGGCACGCAAAGCUCUUAUGCCCCAAAUCCCCACACUCAAAACCCCAUAGACAAUCUGUGCUAGCAAACCCUGCGUAGAGCCCCUCCCCAUGCUUCACUUUAAACGCACGUUUAGUUGUUGCUCAUUGUUAUUCAGAAACAUAAACACUUGCCUCCAGAAUGAAACAACGUGCUUAACGGCAUCUGCCUGAAAACCUGCCGACAGUACACGAAACCCACUAACAAACUACCCAAAACCACUCAGCUCUUUCCUGAUUUGAUCAUCCGUAAUAAAUGGAGGCAAAUUUUCAACUACCACCCUUGUCGAAGGGGUAGAAAGAGGUGAAAUUGGCACCAACACACCCCUUACAAAUAUUCCACUAGCAAUUAGCCUACCAACCAAAUUUGCUCUUUUCAUGAACACAACCACAGCAUUGUUCAUUCUAGAAGCGGAAUGUAUAAAUUCAGCUCCUACCUGUUCACCGACUGCAAGCAGAACCUCCUCCACUUUAACUCCAUUCUCAGGAACACACCUGAAUCCAUGCUGUAUCGACAGCGUCUCCUCAGCGCUAGGCUGAGAAGCCAUCGCGCACACCACACCUUCCAUACCCCAGGAAACUAACUCUGUCCUCUUCCACCCUAACUUUGAAAAAACCUGUGGAUACCGCUAAAACUAAUAAUGCAUUAACCCUCCACCAUAGAAAAUAAAAUUGAAAGAAAAGACCAAGGACAGAAUCAAGAAAGUUAGUUAGGACAGAACCCUCAAACUUCAAAAACUCCCAGCAUGCACUGCGAGAGAGAGAGAGAGAGAGACAGACGCAUUGACGGGCAGGAGGGCGGGCGGAUACAUAGACAAAUUGAGUCAGUUGUUUAGGCCAGUGGUUGGGAACAGGAAAGAUCAAUGUGGGAUCUGUAGAGGAGUUGGCACCGACAGACAUGAUGGUGAGAGGAGGCUCAGGCAUCACUAUGCCCUCAGAGACAAUAUAUCACAAGGAAUCAAAUUAGGCCUUUUUACAUAAAGAGACAUUUGAACAAGGAAAGGGACUUUGUCAAGACAAUGUCUUGAAGUUUAUUCAUUCUAACAUGUAUUUUAUGGGCAAUUCAACAAGAGCUUUUCCAUGCGAAAGCUGAUCAGGUAUGCAGUGGGUUUCAUAAUCCAGGUAUCAUGAGCAGUGUAUAAAACCUCACAGGUGGUCAUGUACGCUUAUUGCAAGUUGUACAAUGCAUUAUAACUGCAGCAUAAUGCAUUAUUCCUGCAGGCUAUGAAGUGUUACCCUUUUUUCCGGGAAUAGAAACAAUCCCUAGUCCCUACUACACUCUUACAUGUUGCCUACUCAGAUGUAAUGUCCCUGACACUUAUUAAUAAGUGCUUUGACGAGGAUGACUACAUCACAUGGAGGUGAGAUCAAAUGUCCAAUGAUGGCAUCAUUACACAAGCAGGUUAAAGGGGGAUGUGCUACUUGAAGACUCUCUUGUACGUGUACACACAGACACACACACACACACACACCUGUACAGCUCUUCUGAUGGCCCAUACCAUAUAGUAGUAAAGUAUAUAUUUUUUCACUGAGUAUAAAUUGACAUUGCUUGCCCACUCAAAAGUUGCUGAAUCGGCCUACAUGCUCUCCUGUCAUGACUUUGGUAUAUUUGGUACUCUGCCCAGUGUCCACUCAUGUGAAAAGGCCAUUCUUCUGCACUGGCCUGCGCUGAGUUUAGCAUCAUGGGAAUGACUGCCAACACUGUCAUACCAGCUCAAUUCCCAUGAGAAAACAUUUGAGUUGAACCAAAUAAAACGAACGGAAGGGAGUAGGGUCAUUUGAGAUAACAUGUUGAAAGAAAGACAGCGACGUAGCUAUGAAACUGUCAUUUUUUAACCUACAGCCUAAUAAGUCAGGAUGAGAGAGGACAGGAGAGUGUGCUGGGGAGGGAAUCUGUACCAAAGAGCAGUCUCUGAGCACACUCUCAUGGACAGACGUCAAAGGUCGUGUUGCCACCUAGUGGACAAUUGGAAUUUCACUCAGCAAAUGUCCCUCAGUUUGUUUUAUAUGUCCUACUUGCACUUCAGUAAUAUUAUAAAAAAGUGGAUGAAUGCACACAUCUUUUUUUAAAUACAAGGUAGAUUAUGGUAUUAUGCUUGAUUUCAUAUCAAGAAUAAACAUGAUAAAUUAGAAUACAGGAUAGACAUUUUCAAUGAACAUCAUUUUCAAUGGAAUCAAUCCCAUUGACACGCAUAAUGCUUGAAUUCUUGUGACUCAGUGAGCACUUUGUCACUUUCCGUCUGCCUUGAGUAAAUCUUGUAGUCCGUGACCUUUUGUGACCUUACGUGACCUGAGAAGAUACUUGAGGAAAGCCAUAGCCAGGUAAAUGUAGAGGUGGGUGGGAAUGGCAUGUGAUGUCACGGCUAGACACGGUGGGAAAAGCAACAGGUAGCUCAAUGUAUGCUAGCGUUCCUGACUGUAGCAUCACAGACCACACCUGUGAAGAUGGCCCAGGUUAAGUCACCAGUGGAUGGUGUCAAGAGUCAGCAGCAGCGUGCAGAGAUGUACUCUGAUAUUACCAUCGUCAGCUCCAGCGCAGAUGUGGGCAGCCCAGCCAGAAAAGGCCCAUUUGACAGUAUGGCCCUAGGGCUCAGCAGACGUGGGAGAGCCUACCCAUCCCCAGCGCGCAGGCGCCAUCGCACCACCUUCAGUCGCAAGCAGCUGGACCAGCUGGAGAUAGCGUUUGGACAGAACCACUACCCCGACAUCUACUGCCGUGAGGAACUAGCGCGGCUCACUAAACUCAAUGAGGCACGCAUACAGGUAUGGUUCCAAAAUCGCCGUGCCAAAUACCGCAGGCAGGAGCGUGCGUCUCAGAAGCUCUUGCCAAUGGCCAUGAUGCCAGGGCACGGGGCACUGUUGGGCAGCAUGUGUGUUCAGUCCACAGGGUUGACCCGUCAGUACUACCCUCACUCCCUGGCUCACCAUAUCCCCCGGUUCCCCUCUAUGCUGCCCUCAGGUGGUUACUCCCACCACCCAGGCUCAGCCAGCCAGUGUUCCUGCCCCACAGUGCCACCAGAGCCACAACCCCCCCGCCAGCACGAGGAGUGGUACAGCCCGCUACGGAACAUUGGAGCCCCACCCAGCAACCUGGCCACGCCUGUGUUCUCCCUGACCUCCAUGUCUGCUCUAGACCAUGGCUCUCACUGGAACUAGUGAAAGAGUAACUUCUACGUCGAGAAGUAGACAAGCUCUUAUAGGCUGUGUCUCGAAGAACUAACAGUUAUUCAUUGCACCUUAGAUUAGAUUACAAAAUACCGUUUUUUGUAUCUAUGCAGUGAUAGCUAGUAACUAAAGAACAGGAAGAAUUUAGAGAAUAGUGAGAAUGACUUAACUCCUUCUCCCAUUGAAUACCUGACAUUGCAUGUUUUCUGUGACUAGCAGAUUAAAGUUCAGGGUAGCCUAACUGAGAGAAAGACAUUUGUGGGUAAUCUUGAAUUAUCCAUGCAGAUUGUCUGAAAUAUAUACUAUACAUCUUUCUCCUAACAAUGCCUUUUGUAUUUUCACAGUAAAUAAAGUAGUGUGUAUUGGGA